CCAGAUGAGAGACAUACAACUGCAUCGCAUAGUAACGGACAGGACAGACCGCCAAUGAAUCGCAUCUGAAUGAUUCCUAUUGGCAAAUCACAGCAAAAUAAGGCGUGGCAUUCUCGGAAUUGCCAUCUCAACAACGUCAUGCGUGAACAGCUGGGCUUGAGCAAUAACUGAAAAUGUGGAAGAGCAUAGCGACAUAAAAUUGCAUGCGUGAUAUGCGGAGGUGAACACUCAGUUCAUCAUGAUGUGGCGACUCAACGCUUCGGGACUGGAUCGGGACCGAUUGCAUCUCCUGUUGAUUGUUCACACCUAUCUCUGCUGUCUCGGAGACUGCCUUUACGUGACGGACUAUUUCACCCGUACUCCUCGGAAACUGAAUGCUUUCCGGUCAUUUGCCAGCGUGGAGCUGUUCCACUUCAAUGUGCCUGACGACACUGUGGUCGCUGUCUGGAACCUUAUCACGUUCAAGGAGCAGGGUGGCACGUUUGGAGACAGCUGUCCCGACCGCAACGUCACCGUGUAUUUCCGAUCCGGGGCCCCACCCGUAAUAAAUCCCCUCCAUACUCGAUUUCCCCAUGACACCAUGGUCCCCAGUGUGUUUGCAGUCACCCUAACAUGGACGCUACCCAACAGGACAACUGGAGUCUUCAACGUCACCAGUCCCCUUCCUGGGGACUGGUUUUUAGCUGCACAUUUACCAAAGGAUGAGGGGAAGAUUUCUGUCAAGGGACUCUACGAGGAAUGUCAAUACCUCUUUCAACCACAGCUCAUUGUCCAGAGGCUAAUUGGUAUUUCAGUGCUGUACCCUGGAUACUUCAUAGAUCAGAUGAUCCCAGUUCACAACAGAUCAGUACUAUACAAGAUAUUCGUUCCUAACUACAUCUCCCAGCUAAAAGUGCAGCUGGCUGACUGUAGUACGAGGAACAAAAGUACAGAGAGCUGCCCUUUGCUGCUGAAGAUCAGAGCCAGGGCACCCCCACUUCACAACUCUUCUUCUGUGGACUGCCAAGAGCAGAGCAUCUGUGAGCUGGAUAUGCCCCUGCAUUCCUGGGAGCAAUGGUACUACAUCCUUGUGGAGAGGUACCUCGGUAAUGUCGACGUCUACUUCCGCAUCAGAGUCCGGGUCAAAGAUUGCUCCAAAGCUUCUGUACUAAAGGGAUCCUCAGCCUUUAAUAUGCCUCAGUCAUACGGCAACGCUAUGGGCACCUCGUCGUCAGAGGCCCUGCCCGUUUCGGGCCUGCCCAGUUUGUCCUGGAACGGCUCAGCACAGAACCCCUUCCUUCUCUCCGGGGACGGCAUGGCCUACCUCGGCCUCAUCACAGACACCUCCAAGUGCUGGCCCAUCCAGCCGACCCUACGCAACGAGCUGGACACAUUCUCAGUGCACUUCUACAUCUUCUUCGGGCCUAACAUCUCCGUGCCUCCUGACAGGGCCACUGUGUUCGCCAUUAACCUCAUGCCUGUCCUGGACAGUGGAGGAGUCCUCAACAUGGAGGUGCGCCUCAACGUGUCUUCAUUGAAAGAGGAGAACAUCACAGUAUUUGGCUGUCUGAAUCACGGAAUGCCCUUUUCAUUACCAGAUAACUCCACAACCAAAUGCAAAUCAGAGUCUGUCACUGGGUUUGCCCUCUCUGUCAAUGGCACCUCCAAUGUUACAAAACUGAGGAUUCCAUACCCACAGACGGGCACCUGGUACUUAAGUCUGCGCUCACUCUGUGCCACUGAACAUGGGUUUCAAGCAUGCCGCAAUGUAACAGCAGAGGUUUACCUACGUACCUACCUCACUCCCUGUAUAAAUGACUGUGGGACGUAUGGACAAUGUAAACUCCUCCGCACCAACAACUACCUGUAUGCAGCUUGUGAAUGUAAAGCAGGCUGGGAAGGCUGGGGAUGCACGGAUAAUUCGGAGGCAUACUCCUACGGCUUCCAGCUGCUGUCCACCCUGCUUCUGUGUCUCAGCAACCUGAUGUUCGUCCCUCCUGUGGCCAUCGCCAUCCGCAGCCACUAUCUGCUGGAGGCCUCUGUCUACAUCUUCACCAUGUUCUUCUCUACUUUCUACCACGCGUGUGACCAGCCAGGUAUUGUGGUCUUCUGCAUCAUGGAGUAUGACGUCCUGCAGUUCUGUGACUUUCUGGGGUCGCUCAUGUCAGUGUGGGUCACAGUCAUCGCCAUGGCUAGACUCAAGUCUGUCAUCAAACAGGUGCUGUACUUGCUGGGGGCAAUGUUACUGUCCAUGGCACUGCAGCUAGACAGACAUGGCCUUUGGAACCUCUUGGGACCCAGCCUCUUUGCCCUGGGGAUCAUGACCAUUGCUUGGACUCUUCGCACUAUCCGGAGACGGCGCUGCUACCCACCCACCUGGAAGCGUUGGGUGUUCUACCUCUUCCCGGGGAUCAUGAUUGCCACCUCCGCUGUGGCCCUCUACGCCUUUGUGGAGACGGAGGAGAACUACUUCUACAUCCACAGCAUCUGGCACAUGCUGAUCGCCGGCAGCGUGGGCUUCCUGCUCCCGCCCCGCGCCAAGCCAACCACAAAGGUGCCGCCAAUGCAGAGGAGGAGAGGAUGCGGCUACCAGCUGUGCAUCAACGAAAAUGAAGAGAUGGGCCCGGUGGACCCAGCCAUCGUCACAAUCAACAGCAUCUGUACAAGCUGAUACUCUCACAGCCACAGACAGUUUAUUGCCUUCUUUUACCUUGGAAACAAGCCAGAGAAUUUGAAACGUGAAGUCAAUUAAGAAAAA